AUGGUUCUCCAAGAUCUCGGCCGUCGCAUCAACACGGCUGUCACGAAUCUGACAAGAGAACCCAAUCUCGACGAGAAGGCUUUCGAUGGCAUGCUCAAGGAGAUCUGCGCCGCCCUGCUCGAAUCCGAUGUCAACGUGCGCCUCGUAGGCCAGCUGCGAAAAUCGAUCAAGUCCUCCGUCAACUUCAAGGAACUCCCGCCCGCCGUCAACAAGAAGCGCCUCAUCCAGAAAGCCGUUUUCGACGAACUCGUCAAGCUCGUCGACCCCCAUGCCGAACCGUUCAAGCCCAAGAAGGGCAAGUCCAACAUCAUCAUGUUCGUCGGUCUCCAGGGUGCCGGUAAAACGACAACAUGUACGAAGCUCGCCCGACACUACCAGGCCAGGGGGUUCAAGGCCUGUCUGGUGUGCGCUGAUACCUUCCGUGCCGGUGCCUUCGAUCAGUUGAAGCAGAACGCCACCAAGGCAAAGAUCCCAUACUACGGUUCCCUGACGGAGACGGACCCCGCGGUCGUCGCACGCGACGGUGUCGAGAAGUUCAAGAAGGAGAAGUUCGAGAUUAUUAUCGUGGAUACCUCCGGUAGACACAGGCAAGAGGAGGCGCUGUUCCAGGAGAUGGUGGAUAUUCAAACGGCGAUCAGACCCGACGAGACCAUCAUGGUCCUCGACGCAUCCAUCGGUCAGCAAGCAGAGUCGCAAGCAAAGGCGUUCAAAGAGGCGGCAGACUUCGGUGCCAUCAUCAUCACAAAGACCGACGGUCACGCCAACGGUGGUGGUGCCAUCUCCGCCGUAGCAGCAACACAUACACCCAUCGUUUUCAUUGGUACGGGUGAGCACAUGCUCGACCUCGAGCGCUUCGCACCGCAGCAGUUCGUCCAAAAACUACUCGGCAUGGGUGAUAUGGCCGGCCUGGUGGAGCAUGUUCAAAGCCUUAAGUUGGACCAGAAGGAAACGAUAAAGCACAUCACCGAGGGUAUCUUCACGGUACGCGACUUGAGGGACCAGCUUUCCAACAUCAUGAAGAUGGGCCCGCUAUCCAAGAUGGCCGGUAUGAUCCCCGGCAUGAGCGGAAUGAUGCAGGGUAUGGACGACGAGGAGGGCAGCAUGAAGCUCAAGCGCAUGAUCUACAUCUGCGACUCCAUGACGGAGAAGGAGCUCGACUCGGACGGCAAGAUCUUCAUCGAGCAACCGACGCGCAUGACGCGGAUAGCCCGCGGCUCGGGAACAUCGGUGCGCGAGGUCGAGGACCUCCUGACGCAGCAACGGAUGAUGGCCGGCAUGGCGAAGAAGAUGGGCGGCAACAUGAAGAACAUGCAGCGCGCGCAGCAGGCCAUGGGCGGUGGAAACAAGGCGCAGCAGAUGGCUGCCAUGCAGAAGCGCCUGCAGAGUAUGGGCGGCGCCGGAGCCGGCGGCGGCAUGCCGGAUAUGGGCAGUAUCAUGAAGAUGCUCGGAGGCGGAGGAGGCGGUGGCGGAAUGCCCAACAUGCAGCAGAUGCAGCAGAUGAUGUCGCAGAUGGGUAUGGGCGGCGGUAUGCCCGGAAUGGGAGGCAUGCCCGGUAUGGGCGGUGGGCGUGGAAGACGAUAG